UUGAUGUGCGUCUACAAAAAAUCUAAGAAUGUUUGAGCAUGUGUUUUGUUUCAAAAAAAUUAAUCUCAUCUAAUACGAGAUCUCACACAGUCUUUCCCUAAAAACGUCCGAUAGGUGCUUUGUGGAGGCUCUAACAAGAAAUGCAGGCGUCCAAGCGGGGGAGAGUUGCUCCCACACCCACAUACUAGCAGCAUCAAACAUGUCAAGAACAGAGGCAAUCUUGCGGCUCCUCCUGGCCCUUUGCAUCCUCCCCUGCAACACAUCCAUUUCCUCCGCCGCAUCCACCGCUGAUGCAUUCCUCCACUGCCUCGCCGCCGCCAUCCCGCCCGACCUCCUCCACACCCCGCCCUCCCCGUCCUACUCCCCGCUCCUGCUCUCCUCCGUCCGGAACCUCCGCUUCGUCACGCCCGGCACCCCACGGCCUCUCGCGAUCGUCGCCGCCGGGGAGGCCUCCCACGCACAGGCCGCCGUGCGCUGCGGCCGUCUGCACGGCGUCAGCGUCCGCGUGCGCAGCGGCGGCCACGACUACGAGGGCCUCUCCUACCUCUCCCUGGACCCCCGCGAGCCGUUCGCCCUGCUCGACCUCGCCGCGCUCCGCGCCGUCCGCGUCGACCCCGCGCGCGCCGAGGCCUGGGUCGGGUCGGGCGCCACGCUCGGCGAGCUCUACUAUGCCGUGGCCGCCGCGAGCCGCGCGCUCGCCUUCCCCGCCGGGGUCUGCCCCACCGUCGGCGUAGGUGGCCACCUGAGCGGCGGCGGCUUCGGAACGCUGAUGCGCAGGUACGGCCUCGCCGCCGACCACGUCCUCGACGCCGUCCUCGUGGACGCCAGCGGGAGACUCCUGAACAGGACCACCAUGGGGGAAGAUCUCUUCUGGGCCAUCAGGGGUGGCGGCGGCGAGAGCUUCGGCGUCGUGCUGUCCUGGAAGCUCCGGCUCGUGCGCGUGCCGGCGUUGGUCACGGUGUUCACCAUCCGUCGGUCAAGAAAGCAAUCCGCCACCCAUCUCAUAGCCAAAUGGCAAGAAAUCGCGCCCGCCCUGCCCCCGGACCUCUAUCUACGGGUCUACGUGCGUAACCAGGACGCUCAGUUUCAGUCCCUGUUUCUUGGCCGAUGCGACCGCCUCGUCAGUCUCAUGCGAGCUCACUUCUCUGAUCUUGGAAUGGUGCGAGCUGACUGCGAGGAGAUCACCUGGAUCCAGUCCACCGUGUACUUCGCGUUCCACUCCAGCUCCAAGCCAUUAGAGCUGCUCUUGGACAGGGGUACCAAGCCAGACAGCUAUGUGAAAGCUAAGUCUGACUACGUGCAAGUGCCAAUCCCAUGGCACGUCUGGGAGAGCACAUGGACAUGGCUGGCGAAGCAGGAAGCCGGGAUCCUCAUCCUAGAUCCCUACGGCGGCAGAAUGGGAAGGGUCGCGCCGUCUGCGACGCCUUUCCCGCACCGGAAGGGGAAUCUGUACAACCUCCAAUACUACUCCUCCUGGUCUGAGAAUGGAACAGAUGCGUUUGACAAGCAUAUGGCCUGGGUCAGGGGUCUGUACAAGCAGAUGGAGCCAUAUGUAUCCAAGAACCCAAGAACUGGGUAUGUGAACUACAGAGACCUGGAUCUUGGCAGGAAUGAAUUGGGCGACAAUGUGACCAGCUAUGCAAAGGCUAAAGUUUGGGGGGAGAAGUACUUCAAGGGCAAUUUUGAGAGGUUGGCAGCAGUCAAGGCCAUGGUGGAUCCUGAUGACUUCUUCAGAAAUGAGCAGAGCAUCCCACCUCUUCCUGCUGCAAAGGGAUGGAACUCCAUAUGAUUGGAGGUUUGUUUUUCUAAGGACAACUUUGAUUUUUGAAAAUAAGAAGGAUUUGAGUGUGGCUGUUAUUUGGGAUGGGUGUCAGACAUGUACACUUUUAGAAGACCUUUUUCCGA